AUGGAGAUGCAGACAGCGCUGCAGAGCCCCGCCGAGGAUGAACUCAUCAAGAGCGACAAGAAAUGCUGCGGCGUGGGCGGCUUCUACGACUUCGGUCCGCCGGCCUGCGCGCUCAAGAGCAACCUGCUGCAGUUCUGGCGCCGCCACUUCGUGUUCGCCGACAAGCUGCUGGAG